GAGCUUGCUGAUGUACCUUUUCCGGAGAUCUCCGUAUACUCUCUGCCCACGUGGUAAGGCAAUGGCAGAGUUGCAGAGGAUUAGAGUGCCUAAAGAUCAUGAGUUCAUUGAUCCUGAGAUAUCAGGAAUCAUAUCAGUCAAAGAUGCCCGGGAAAAGCUGUUUGCAGCCUAUCAUUCAUUGAAGGCAGAGGAGGAGUUUAUGGGCGUGGCUACUGGUGACUGUCACAUUCAGAAUAUAAUGGGACUGUCUGAUGAAGAGAUGAAGAAAUGCAACGAUAAAUUCAACCCAAAGUCUCUUCUACCUGGCAGUGACAGUGUGUCGUUACAUAAAGUGAGGAGCUCUCUACCUCAUGGAGCCAGCACUCUUGAGUCAUUCAAUGUACAGUUUGAUUGCGCUAAGAAAUUAUUUCAUCCUGUUCCAUGUCUCUCGUCUCUGUCAGCAACUUGUUCCAAUAACUUGACCCACCCACAAGUACUGAUAUCUGUUAUCAUAUUCCAUCCAUUUAAACGUAUUCCUCAAGCCCAGUAUUUGGUUCUUACUGAUCAGAAAUUGGUUGAGUUUAAGGAUAAGAUCUACUGCCCGAGGGAUUAUGCUAUAGAAACUGAUUUCAGUGCUGACCCAAACCAGUUUGAUAGGUCCAAGAUACUGGCACCUCCAAGCCCAUCAAAGUCAGGGUAUUUAUUUAUUAAUGACGUCUUCUUCAAUGACAGACGACACCCUCAGUCACAAGAUUACAGCAGUGUUAUAAUAGAUUGGACUAGUGACGAGAAGAGACAGAGAGAGUCUCCACGUUUAAACAAGUUCAGUUCUCGUGACAUGAGCCAAGUUACCUUCUCUGACCUCAAGAUUAGACUGGGCUACCCCUACCUGUACUGUCACCAUGGCAACUGUGAACACAUAAUGAUAUUCAAUGACAUCAGGUUGUUAACUGACAAGGACAUUCAGGACAGGUCAUUGUAUCCAUUGUUGAAUGAAUAUAUCAAAGAGUUUAGAAAGAGGUGUGACGUUUGUGACGAACUAACUGCAAUGUGGUCUGUGAUUGAUGAUCAGGUUGGAACUCAGUCUCCUUCCUAUUAUUGUGAUUCGUGUCAUAAGUUGAUGCAUUAUGAUAAAAAUGGACGGAAGAGAGGCGAAUUUAAAUGUUAUCCUUACUUUGAUGAGUGUUCUACAUUAUUGGAGAGAGGUGCUCCAUUAGUUAAUGACUAGUUCAUUAUUAUUAUUAUUAUUAUUAUUAUUAUUAUUAUUGUUGUUGUUGUUGUUGUUGUUUUUCUUAUGAUUGUUGUGUUAGUUUUAUUUCA